CUGACCACCUCAAAUUGAUUGGGCCGGGCCUGUCACAAGUUUCAAAGCCCAAAACUGAGCUCUCUGCAAAACCCUCUCUCUUUCCCUCGUCGCUCUAGUUUUCUUCCCCCUCGAUGUGAUUUUCCCGCCUCUUUCUCUCCGCAACUCGACGGCGACGAUGAAGUUCAAGGCUUUUCUUACGGACAACGGCGUGGCUCUCCUCGAGAAGCGCUUCUUGCCGGCGCUGGACAAGAUCGACAAGACGUGCAACCUCUACCUCACCAGAGACCACGCCGUCUUCCUCCACAACCUCCUCAACGGCGAUGGCCUCCAGUCCGUCGCUCAGUUCCGCAUCGAGGCCCUCUUCGACGGCUACCGCAUCUCCAGCCAGAACGAAGACCGCAUCGCCUUCGCGGUCGACCUCUCCCUCCUCCACCGCGCAAUCCGUAGCAGCGUCGGCAUCUGCAACGAGCUCACCGCCGCCGGAUCGGCCUCUGAACGGCUCCAGAUAAAGCUGGUGAAGAAAUUACCGGCGAACAGCACCCAGCCGAUGCCCUUCCUCACCUUCGAGACGAAAGGCUACAAAUCCGCGGUCAUCCAGGACGUGCCCAUCUCGAAGCCGAUGUCUAGGGCUCAGGUCUUGGAGCUCCAGUCGGCCCUCGACUCGGCUCAGGCGCUCCCCAAGACGCUCGUCCAGGUUCACGACUUGAACCAGCUGCAGAGUUUCGUGGACAGGAUGAGGCACGUCGGGGAUGUGCUGAACGUCUGGAUCAGCAAGCACGGAGACCUGCAUUUGCAAAUCUCGACGACUCUGAUCACGCUGGGCGCGGAGUUCCGUAAGCUGGUGGUCCUAGGAGAGCGAGCUGAGGCUCCGCGGGAGGACCGGAGCCUGAGCGCGCAGGCCCGGUCCGAGAGGGCGGUCACAAGAGGCGACGCAGAGGCCGUGCAGGUGAGCGUGAAGCACUUCGCCAAGAGCCUUCAGUGUCACACGGCGAAGCCGGAUUGCGCGUUCUACGGAAUCGCGGAGCAGGGGGCGUGCUUGACCGUGAUCUUCCAGUUCUUCAUACCGGGGACGCGGCAAACCGACAAGUCGAUCAGUUUGCAUUGCAGGCUUCCUGUGCUUGACCCGGGCACUAACUGAACGCCAGAAUCGGUUCAUCUUUCAAUCUUCCAUUUUUGUGCAUAUGAUUCAGAGCUGUUGAAUACAAAUUCAUGUCUUGGCAAUGUCUGUUCAGAGGAGGCCCAUGAUUCCCCGGAUCAAGAAGGUCGUGUCCUGGUGCUUCGAUUCAUCGAUUUUCCUUCUGAACUUCUGAGACUCUAUCAAUCAAAGCUUAAUGCCUCCGCAUUGUAUUGUUGAGAUUGUGAAAUGCUGUUGGCCAUUGCCGCUUGCUACCGAAAU